AUGGCGGACGCAGCGCAGAUUGACGAGGCGUUAAAGCAGUUGACGGCGAUCCAAGACGAACUAGACAAGGUCAACGAGGAGGCGAGCGACAAGGUGUUGGAAGUGGAACAGAAGUACAACAAGCUAAAGCGGCCCAUUUACGAGCGACGCCAGCAAGUAGUAUCAGAAGUUAACGACUUCUGGAUGACAGUGCUUCUCAAUCACGGUCUUCUUCACGCGUUUUUCACAGAAGAGGAUAGACAGGUGUUGGAGUAUCUGAGGGGGCUCGACGUGGAGGACUAUAAAGACAUCAAGUUGGGCUACAGCAUCACCUUCACAUUUGCGGAGAACCCAUACUUUUCGAAUAAGGAGCUGAGCAAGAGCUACAAAUACACGGAGGAGGGCACUGCCAACGUGGAGGGCACCAAGAUCGAGUGGGAGGAGGGCAUGGACCUGACGGCACCAAAGCCCAAGCAGGACAAAGCAGGCAAGAAGAGACAAUUGGAGGAGCAGGAGAGCUUCUUCAAGUGGUUUGAAGUGGACGAGGCCACUCAGGGCACCUCACCACCCGAUGAUGUGGCAGAGCUGAUCAAGGACGAUGUGUGGGUCAACGCGCUGAAUCACUACCUGCAGGUGCGAGGGGGCGGUUGUAUGGUGAAGGGACGCGUGGAGGGGGCGGGUGGGUGGGCGGGUGGGCGGGUGCAUGGGGAGGGUGAGUGGGGAGGCAUUGUGGUGAUGGGGAGGGAAGGGUGGCAGGUGGCAGAGCUGGUCAAGGACGAUGUGUGGGUCAACGCGCUGCAGCACUGCCUGCAGGUGGGGAGGGAGGGCGGGUGGGAGGGCGGGGGUGGAGGGGCUGGUGGAAUGGGGAUGGUGAAUGGGGAGGAUGAAUGGGGAGGAUGA